CACUAGGUUAGGCGGAGAUCCUGCUAUAUACUCUGCAUCAGAUUUCCAUUUGUCACUGCACUGCAUCUGGUGCAGCAUGCGUAUCUACAAGUGUUGGUUCUGCUCGAGUCCAAUUUACCCAGGACAUGGAACGCUUUUCGUCAGAAAUGAUUGUAAGGAAUUCAGAUUCUGCCGCGGAAAGUGCCACAAAGCUUUCAAGAAACAUCGAAAUCCUCGUAAAGUUAAAUGGACAAAAAUUGCUCGAAAGUGUCUGAAAAAAGAAUUAACAGACGAUUUGUCUCAGACGUUCGAAAAGAAGCGCAACAGCCUUAUGCGCUACGAACGAGAUGCAAUGCUCCAAACAAUUGAGGCUGUCCCCAAAAUUGUUGGUAUUAAGCAGAAGCGAGAGGCUGCUUUCAUCAAGAAACGUUUGAUGAAAGGCAUUGAGAUGCGAAAGGCUGAGGAUGUAAAGUUGGUCAACACUCAGAUGUAUUUGAUCAAGGCACCGAACGCAAAGGAAAAGGAGAAGGAUAUGGAUGUUGAGUCUAUGUCAUCUGAUCAAGAGCCAGAAGAGGUCAUGGACAUCUCAAUGGAUAAACUGGAAGGUGAAGUUGAAAAAGAGAAGUCGACGACUGCUCCGAAGAAGGUCACUAUCAGAAAGAGACAAAAGUUGUUGGCGAAAGCUUGAUUUGACGGUCACAAUUUGUACAGUUCAUGCCUUGCAGAUACACCCUUAAUUUUGUUGGCCAUC